AUGACUUCCCUAAGGUGCACAAAGGCGGCUCUCCGCUCCGACCCAUCGUGUCGCUCAAAAGGUACUCCAAAGUACGGACUGACUAAGUGGCUGUUCUGGCGUCUCAAAUUCCUGACCGCUGAGUCAGAUACCACGGUCUCUUCGUCAGCACAAUUCCUGGAGAAACUCAAAGGGUUAAGUUCCCAUCCAAAUGAUGUCAUGGUAUCUUUUGAUGUUACAUCCCUUUGUACUUCUAUUCCCCAUGACCUGGCGAUCGAGAUACUCGAGGUUAUUCUACAAAACAAAUAUGAUGAAACGGAGAAUCGUCUUGGACGCGCCCAAGUUCUUCAGUUCCUGAAGUGCUGUCUCAGGAGGUACUUCACGUUCAACGGGACAAUCUACGAACAGGUGAAGGGCACACCAAUGGGUUCGCCGAUUUCGGGAUUCAACGCUGAGGCGGUUCUGCAACGGUUAGAGUCGCUGGACUUCCAACAUCCCAGACCGCAGUUCUGGGCUCGGUAUGUAAAUGAUUCCUUUGUCGUCAUCGAACGGGCUCAGGUGCUGACAUUCAAAGAACAUCUCAACGCCGUCUUCCCGGACAUUCAAUUUACGAUGGAGGAGGAAAAGAACAACCAGCUGGCUUUCCUGGAUGUCCUGGAAUGCCGCAAAGUUUGUUGUGGACUAAAGACCAAAGUGUUCAGGAAAGUGACAAAUACGAUGCAACUACUGAACUUCAACAGCAACCACCCAAUCAGCCACAAACGCAGUUGUGUAAGAACGCUCUAUCGGCGUGUCGAAACGCACUGCAUUGAGCCGGAAGAGAAGAAUGUCGAACUAAAUUUCCCAGACGGGUCUUCAAAGAUAAUGGCUACCCGCUCAACUUCGUCAACCGUGCAUACGCAAAAUGGACGAAAUGCCCAACCGGACACACAUGCAAGUUCGACGAGAUCGCAAAUCUCGCAAGAGGUGACAACCGCGGGAGCCGGCAGCUACUGGAAUCAUGGUUUACUGGCCCCUUGUCCAUUAACAAGUGCAAUGUUCUUACCCUUCCAUACUCGGUGCUGAGACUUCGCCUAAGCGGACUAAUUAGCCACGUGGGGAGCGCACAGGUGAGCACUUUUCCCAACACCAGGGUCAGUGCGUCAGAUGGUCGAGCAAUCAUCACACCAAAAUCCAACGCACGUGAUAAGAUUGCAGUCAUAAACGACGCAAAUGUCGGCCAUCAAACAGUUAUCACACCAUGUGCAACGACCCCUGAUGAAUGGGGGAGCCGUUAACAUUCAUGGGUAUGCGGUAGCAUGGCGACAGCAUCCUAUAAAUACUGCAGCCCUUUGUGCAUGUACCACCCGUAUCUGCUUUUGUCUCAGAUGAUGGGUUCGAGCAGGAAUCCGAAACGUCAUAAUUAUAGAGUUCUUGUCCCAACGAUUGUGUCUCCUUUUUUAAAAUUUGCUUUAUGUUCGUUUUUUUUUAUUAACGCGCUCAUUUCCGUUGCCAUGCGUAAAUCAACCAUAAGGUUUUUAGUAGAUUCUAGACAAUUGCUGUGUUUCCUUUAAUUUCAUCACCAUUUCCGUAUCACAUGAUGCACAUUCCACCGACAGUUAUGUGCGGUCCUUCAAUUUACCCUUGCGAAAAAUGUGCACAAAUAUCUCUUCUUUUAAGUUUUUUUGAAGUAAUGCCCUUGAUUUCCAAAUGUUUUGAACAAGAACGUCUUCUCUGAAUUUGAGCCAUAUUUUUAAUCCUCGAGUAAUUCCGAACCUGUCUUGGAUUUGGACUUGUGCUUCGUGUUUCAAACGACAAGCCGUGGACUUUCUAUCUAAGUCAAACCAUGUGUUCCUUUAUGCUAUUUCGCAAUAAAUGUGGACAGAAUUAUAUGCUUUUUAAGGGUUAGUAGUAAAUAGUCAGACAUGCUACUACUUGAUGAGACAUUGUAUGGUCUAAACGCUCCAUAAAAAUACAUGUUUAAAAAGAAAAAUUCUUUUCUUAAUAGUAAAGAUGUUAUAAAAAGUCACGGUUUCCUGCAAAAUGAGCACAAACGGGGAUAUUUUUAUGUUUGCCUUCUAUGAAAUUUGCUUGGAUUUAUGAGGGCGACGACAAUCAGCAAGAAAUCAUAAUAAUUUUGCUUCUACUUUUGGGGGAUGUGAUGUUUGCAGACGGACGGGAAGGGGAGCACUAAAAAACCGGCAUAUUGACAUCAGGGCGAUAUCUUGGGAUUAUUUUGUAUGAAAUUCAACCUGGGGAACUGCCCCAUGCGUGAAAAAUGUAUCUAAACUACUCGAAAGACAAUUUUAAAAAUGCACACCAGUCGGCAACUACCUUGCACACACAAAGGUUGUGCAGGGUUGGCUACCUCGAAAGGAAAGGUAUUGUCUACAAAACCCCAUGCUCUAGUUGUGAUGCCGUCUAUUGUGGUCAGACUGGGAAAUCUGCCUCUUCCCGUAUACAUGAACAUCAGUUAGCGGUAAAGAAGCGCCACCAUCUAUCCAGGUAACCAUGCAUGCACUGAACAGUGGGCACAAAUUUGCAUGGGAAAACAUUCGCAUGGUUGGCGCCUGCCCAAUAAGGAAAGGCCGCGAAUUCCUGGAGGCAAUUCACUCAGACGAGGCAUGGAUCAACCGGCAUAUCGAUUUAGAUACCACACACAAAACCGUUAAGGACAGAUUCAAACUGACUCAACCAAUCCCGAGAAGAUGAUCUUAACUAAUCAUAGAAUCCUCUUGUCGGACUGGGUCUAGAAGUCAAUUGUUUUUGCACGCCCCUUGUCUGAAGACGAGCUGGGGAACCGGUCUCGAAAAUUAACACAAUAAAAUUUACUGUUCCCCAAAGAAUUCCAUCUUCCUAAAGAGAUAUAUAUAUUGAAAGACAGGCACCCCAUGAUAUUUAGUAAGGAAGCUAAAAUUUCCGCAAAUAUAUAUGAAAAAUAGAUGAGGUUCUUCGGAAAAGUCCAGUUGUACUCGUGAACUUUUGAGCUUGUGACACCAGACGAAAUGAAAAACAAGGGAGAAUGUUAGAUUGUCCCAGUAGAUCGACUGGUGUAAAAGGGCAGACAGACGACCGACGUGUGAGGGGGGAGCUCUCGAAUUAAAGCCACCAUCAAGGAUGCAAGAUUGAAGAAGAGACUUGAUCUCCGGAAGAAACUCCAAUCACUUCUCCGUCCUACGAACGAAGGUAAUUUGACCACGAGAGUUACAAACCUAUCGAAGAGGAGUCUCUCACCUGCGGUAAUCAUCCUCCUAUCAAGGGAAUAGGAUUUAAUCAUACGGAUGCCACACCUACCGACUUCCUAGCUGGGCUUGAGUCCAUGCUACUGGCUUCCAACCUUCUGGAAGAUAUGUGCGUGAAGUUUCGAAGCUGCGCCCCCGGUAUUCUCAGACAAAAAAGACACAAACAAAAUCUACCGGCCAAAGAAGCGCAAGGAUUACGAUCAUUAAAGUCGGAUCACAGUAUUGUUGUUGUUCCCGCUGACAAGGGUGGCGCUGCUGUCAUCAUGAACAAAAUUAAAUACCUUAACAAGGCGAAUAAAAUCUUCAGUGACAUGGGGGCCUAUAUCCUUCUCGCCGAUGACCCGACGAAAAGGCAAGCCGCAGCAAUCAAGAAGAAGGUUAAUGAGCUCGCUCGUCUGAACGUUAUCUGUCCAGAUGACGCUAAGUUGAAAAUCCUCAGUGAUCCCCACAUCACACACGCGUAUGGCCUCCCAAAAGUGCACAAAGUGGAUGUCCCUCUGAGGAUUAUAGUGCCACUCAUCGGAUCACCCACGUACAAUAUAGCUAAGUGGUUAUACAGUCAUCUGAGGCGGCUCAGUCAUGGAUCGGACUACAGCAUUAACAACUCUCAAGCAUUCCUCCGCAGGAUUAAGGUCUCAAAGUAAGUACUGAUGAAUGCUUCCUGUCCUUUGACAUCGUUGCCUUGUUUUCUUCCAUACAACAUGAUUUGGAAAUCAGAUGCGUAACCCAACGCCUACAGAACAAUCCUAUUGAGAUCCCAACGCAGCACGUUACAGGAACUGCUAAAUCUGUGCCUUAGGAAUUAUUGUUAAUUCGAUCCUAGAUAGUACCAACAGGUAAAGCGAACGCCGAUGGGCUCUCCAAUAUCAGGACUGCUCGCCGAACUAAUGUUGCAGCGACUAGAAGGGGUGCUUUUCCAAACUAUCAUGCCAAAACUAUGGCUUCGCUACUUUGAUGACACCUUUGCCAUAAUAAAGAACUGCGAAGUCGAAAGGCUUCACCAAAGACUUAAUGACGUCUUACCAGCCAUACAGUCUACCCGCGAAGAGGGAUCGCGUGUUCGAGCCUCGUGUGUUCCAAACUUCGGGUUUGGGUAUGACUGGCUGACGACGGCUGUUAAGCCACAAAUGACCGUUCGAGCCUCCCUUGUCUCUGUCGGUAAAACUAUUCUGCCUAUAUAUAUUCAAUCAGGAAUGUAUAUACAUCUCUAAACGCCCGCUAAUUCUCGAUGUGGUGAAACAACCCACCAUCCUCAUUGAUGAAAGAUUAUACACUGAUUCGAAAACUAUAGACUAACGAAAGUUCUAUUUUAGCAAUGCGGGUUCCUUUUUGUCAAUCGUCUGAAGGGCUCAAAAUUGCUCAUAUUUGCGGAAUCCUUAAGAGCUAUUUUUAAAUACAAAUUUGAUGUGCCUGUUCCCUCCCCAGAAUCCAUGUCAGAAACACUCGCUUAAUCUAUCAGUAGAAAAUAUGUUCUCUAUACACAAAGUGAUCUACUCUCAAGGUUGAUAAACGACGUUUGGAAGAAUGCUGAAUGGACGAUAAUUAGAUCACCACGGCUGAAUUUGUUUCCCCACCCGAAACGCAGCUGAGGGUUUCGAACGACGGUUGACGGGUUGUGUCACUUAGCUCACCUAUUUACCUUUCGUUGACAACCCCACAGCGUCCAAGCAUCGCUGCUCCCGCCUUCUUCGGCAUGUUUAAAAAUUUAUGUCUUGCGAACACUCCUGCCGCUAUAGUGCGUAUUUUUGAUAGCCCUUUGAGUGGGAUGUGAGUUGGUUGCAUCCUUAACGAUAAACAGCGAGAGCACGAGAGGGAGUGGAGGAUGGAACGCAAGGUCCAUAAGUUGUACUCCACAUCCGAUAGAAUUAGAUGUAGCUGAAGUAGACAAACAGGACAGGAGUAUAUGGCACCAAAAAAUUUGGGGACGGCCCGUCAGUUGCGUCCUGUCUAUUCAUAACAUAGAUAACGAGUGGUAAUAAUACAACAGAUUUGAAUUCGUGCAGAAUAUCAAUGGAGAAACAACAAGGUCAUAGUUUUGGGAAAAACUGGCUAAUCGACAAAGUUAGUAACCCAAACACCGUACAGGAAGAAUGGUAUAAAAAGGGGGCGUUCACGAGUAAAAAGAGAGGGGAGGUGAAAAUCGUGGAGCUAUAGGCUACCAUGGCAAUGUUAAGCUAACCACUUGUUCCAAAUAUUUACAAAAUCUGGUUUCACCCGCCAUAUGUAGGCCGUCUCUAGGUUACGCAAUGAUCGAGUUGUUCGUGCCCGAACAAGAACUCGGAAGGAAAUUUCGGGGCCGACGGAGUGACCACUAUCAAGCAGAUGUUUCGUAAUGGAGGAACGGGGGAUUUUAUUUUCUUGCUUUAGGAGCCAUCUGGACAGGUGCUCAAUAGAACUGGCUGCCAACUGCCUUUGCGUUCGCCCAAUGUACUUGCAUCCGCAAGUGCAUGUGAAUUCAUAAACAAAAUUUGAAGUGACGUGCUUUGGCAAGGCAUCCUUCGUCUGUGGAAUCGGAAGAGCUCGGCUACAUUGUAUGUCUUUUCAACGGUCAAACCCAGCCGUCGUUUUAUAGUAUUUAAAAUAUUGUCGCCCUUAAAGGGCAAAGAUAUAAAGACGGCCUUUUUCGGAACUGAAUGUUCUCUCAAUUUUGGCCGCGUAGAGUUACUAUACUUGUAGAUGAAAGGUGCAGGAUAUCUUCGCUUAAGCAGAGUUUCCUUGAGGCGUGCAAAUUCUGCAUUACUUUUUUGCAAGAGUUCAAAUCUGUUGUAUUCUUCUCACUCGUUAUCUAUGUUAUGAAGCGACAGGACGCAGCUUACGAGCCGUCACGAAAUUUUUUGGCACCAUUAAAACCUGCCCUGCUUGCCUACUUCAGCUUCGUACCGGAGACAAAACGCUUCAAAUUAGAUGUAGGGCUAGUGAGAACUUUACUAUGCAAACCAAAUAAAUUCAAACUGGCGAUUUGAUCAACAAGCUCAGAAAUUUGCACGCCUAGAAAGACGUGUCGGGUUGCCUCUGGCAACACAGACUUUGGUAAUGCAUUUAAACAAAGACAAAUGUGAAAAUAUGGCCAGGGUGAUGAACUGUUUUGUUCUUAGAAGGCCAUCUCGAUCGCGAAAGUAACCUGCAAUGUGGGCGAUGACUUUCUGGCUAAUGACUGUGGAAGUAGUCUUCCCCAGAGCGUGAAGGACGGCUCUUUCUGUGUCAGGACGGAUAUUCUGCGAAACUUUAUCCUGCUCGAAUGCGGAACCGUCUCCUAGUUUCGAAGUCGCCCAUAAAUCUUAAGCAAACUGCGACGAGCUGGACGGAGACAAGCGACAUUUCACAGAUGUCUUUGUUAUUUUAAUAAGACCGAGGGGGCGGGGAGAUGGCGGACUUAUUGGCAUUAAGGCCAUCAUGGAUAUGGUGUAGGCAAGGGUAAAAAUUGGCUCCAUUUACUAUGCGCAGUAAAAAAGUUAAUAGAUUAUUCCAAAGUCAAAAGUUUAACACAAAAGGAAGGAUUAUUAUGUGGACAGUUCAAGUAUUAGCUUCUUCAUUUCUAUCUCUUUACACAUAAGACAGCGCGCCAGGAAUGGCAAUACGGACGCUCAAAAAGCCGAUGUGCGACCAGACAUAAGUCAGAAGCCGCGGAGCAUCGGGUGGUAAGACUUCACAGAAAUAAGAUCACAAUGCAAGGGACGAGGCAACGUCAUCUAUAAUCCGACCAGCAAAUUUCUUGACCGUAAUGAAAUGUCGUUGUCGAGAAAUAUCGAUUAAAAAAGAUAGGAAACACCAGAGGUAGCUGAGAGUAUUCAGAAAACUCGUUUUAAAAUUAAAAAAUAUUUUCUUACAAAGCAGGAAAAAUGACAGGAGAGCAGUAUAAGACAAGAGGAAGAAUGCAGGCAUCGAUGAAUCGCCAGACUAAGGGUUGGGGUGUGUGGUAGGAUCUUGAACGGCAAAUUUAAUAAAGACGUUUACGAAAUUUAGUAAAUAGGGAGUCAAUAUGGACGGAAAAUGAAUGACAAAGCAACGCCAAGGUACCUGAAAGAGGAUAUUUCGUUAGGAAGGAUGUCAGAGGAUUUAGGACUAGGAGAGGGCCGCAGUCGAAAAUACGCUAAAAUGAUUUUUGGUUGUGUGGAAGACUUGCAGGGUGGCGGAUCGCUGUCGUUUCAGAAGAACCUACUUUUAAAAAUUUGCUACAAAUACAAACUCGCGUAGUAAAUGAACCUGGCCAUUCACCCGUAAGAUCCGGUCAGUCUCAAACCCUGACAGACUGCGAUUCGACCAGUCGCUCCUGAUCCAAAAUGCAGCUCUCCGUAGCUGGAACUCAAGAAGCCAUUCUGCCUUCUGACUGGCUUGUCGUCACGCGAUUGUUGCGUUACCAGUUUCCUCUUUUCCACUUGAAAAACUCCCCUACUCUUGCAUUUAUAGUGCCGACACGGCCAUCCGUGCGGUCCGCACUCCGCGUCCGCCCAUCUGUUGACACAGCAGGACUAAAUCGUGGAGAAAAUGGGUAAAAACAACGCGUUCCCGCUCCCCCCCCCCCCUCCGGCCGUCCACUCCGUUGCGUCACAUGUCGGGGGAGGGGACAAGAAGGGUUAGGAGGGUUACACCGCCUAUAGCUGCGGACGAGUUUUUGCUCGCGUGGUUGGACGGGAGGUGAGGAGGCUGCCAGCAGGCAGGCUGCUUUAACGUGUCCAAUUUCUCGUUCGCCCCAAAGCGAACUGUUCCGGUGGGACAUGGCUCAGAUCUAGGAUGUGCCGAAGUUCCUAGAAAACCCCAACUGCAGUUUUAAAAAGUUUAGGAGCUGUUUCAUGACGGAUAAACUAGCUGCGCACUUCUAGGCUAAAUUAUGUCCAUCCGGAUGGUGACUCUUUGACUACUUUGCGGAUGACUUGUACAGUUUACAGUUGAGUAAACUGGCCACAAGAAUAGUGCGCGGUUUUUUUGCUAAUUUGCGAUGCUUGCAUACUUACGGUCCAAAUUCACGGAAGAGACGUCGGUAAUUUUAACGUUGUCUACUCAUCUUGCGGGAAAUUUAUUUUAACAUAGAGUUUUCGAAGGGGGGUGUGUGGAUUUAUUCUAAAAAAGUCCGUUAUUGCCGAUUGUUUUCAUUCUUCCGCCAUGUGUGGCAGGUUUAUGUCUCUGGUUGGAAAUGUACCGAGAUUUUGAUUUUUUGAAUGAGGCAAUUAGUAAGUAAUAUGCAGAAACGGUUUAGAUUUACCUACUUUGUGAUUUAGGUGAUCUAGUGUGGGUGUUAACUCGAUUGUAUUGCACCACGAUUCGUGCAAGAAGCAGCCAGACGUUUCAAAUUUUUGUUAAUAUCAGUGUGCAGAACGGAAUGCAGUAGUAAAGCACUCCUUAAAAAAUGUGCUUAAUACUGAAAGUUGUCCAACUGAUCGAAAGUAUAUUCGACGUUGACUUUUGUUGUGGACGUUCAUUUUGCAUAGCGACGACGUUUCCUAUUUGAGUGAGUCUUCAAAUACGACUCAAAUGAUCUUCGAAAUAAAAGAGGACAUUUAAUCACCCAAAACCUCUGUAAUUGCCUUCAAGAAGAAUUUAAGUUUAAGGGUUUUAUCAGACACAUGAUAAAGGAUCUGUUCUUAUAGUCGGCCGACUGAAAAUACUAGAAAUGAUUAAGCAUCUAGCGAUAUUUUAAGACCGACCUAAUACGCAGUGUCAUCCAGAACAAACGAAAGCACGAAGUAAUUUCUUGGAAGAACCCUUCUCGUUCUUUAGACAGAAUGGCAUGUUUAAAAUAAUAGAACGUGCUUCCUCGGUUGUGCCGUGUGGACCCUACUAGAACCAUCAUGUAUAUCUAUAUAUAAUGGUGGAAGGACGCUCACCGAUCGUUUUUACGGAACUCACUCCUUCCAUUGUGCCUAACGGGCUCUCUCUCGAGCUAAAGCAACAGCUGCACGGCAGCGCAUGAUGUAGGCAGAAUGGCAUUAUCGACAAAGACAAGGGUAAUGUCAUUCUGCAUAUACAUAUAUAUGGAUAUAGGCAAAAGUUCUGACCCCACGUCAGAUGAAUAACAUUUCUUCAUCAUAGAUCGCCUCGUCUUUCUCUUCCAUAUAUAUAUAGUAGAUCAGAGGUGUUAUGCAUACCGAGUCGAUAUAAUGAAAACAGGUGAGGUUCUUCGGAAAAAUCGAGUUGUACGCGAUGAGGCACGACAGAGAAGGCGGGUAGACUGUUUCGAGAUUAUUUUGCCUUCAUUCAGCCAAUCAUAACCCUGAUCAACAGCUGAGACCAACAAAACAAGCAUGCGCACUGACACACAUAGUGCUGCUGGUCCAUUACUGGGGUUCAACAGAUGGGUCAUAAGCACUUUAUCGAACCGAAGUUCAUCAGUGCCUCAUCACCUGUCAUCCUCUGUCACUGCAGAUGUAUGCGUCAUAUAUGUGAUAGGUGUGUGCUCACAGAUCAAGUUACGUGACAUGCUCGUCCUGUUGUGUGUAGAACCUCAACAGAAGUCCCCAGCAGAAGGGGGUUGCUGAUAGAGACAGAGGAGGCCACUUCUAGCUCAUCAACCUUCGUUAGUCAGCCCUUCCCACAUCCACGUUUUGUAGGACCCGUUUACAGAGCCCGGACACCUUGGCUAUCGAGAGGUGAACUUAAUAACGCUAGGUAACCAAGGGCGCGGAUUCAAGGCUCACAUGCUCAAACCCUGCGAUAAGGCAUGACUGGCGGACAAUGGCCAAUAAGCCGGAAGUAGCCAUACCCGUCUCCUGUCGGUAUUCUUCUUUCGUAUAUAUUGCCCAUCGCUUUGUGACUAUGCCGGAAGGUGUGAAGGGGAGAGCGCUUCCCGUUACCCAAUAGUUAAAGGCGCUGCCAACUUUUAUCUAAACAUAUGCAUUAACAGAUCAGGAAAUAAAAUAUCUCCAGGUAAUAGACCGAAAUAAGACGGGUGAGUGAUAUUAUAGCUCACUGUUUUAUUUCUGCCAAGUUUAGGACUUUCCCUUGAGCCCAUUUUCACUUACCAUUCAAACACCCCCAUACCUUAAUCUGGGCCACUGAUUUAUUCUUGCAGGUCAAGUGACCAGUUGGCAGAUUUGCAUGUCUGUUUACUAUGACGCCGGUUAGGUGCUACCCACCUCAUAGUUGGUGCGAGAGCCAGUCAUCCGAUGGGCAGGAGGUCGCUAUAUCGUGUCCUUUGGGGGACCAAUGAGCGACCACCAAUAACACCUCAUUCUUUCCUAUUAUUUUUUCUGCGCUUGUUUAUUGGUUUCAUCAAGGUAAUGAGUUCUGCGGCAGUUCCAUUCGACCGGGAAAGUAACCUCGAACUUUUAUUCGGUCGGUAGAGGGAUCCUUUAAAUUCAUGUCCCGUUAGCGAAUUGUCGCAUCCGAUCUGCGUGAGAUUGCAGUUCCCACUUCGCCAACUGAUAUUGUGCAGUCUCUGAAUUCACCAGCAAUAUAUGACAUGGUAGGUGUACACUUUGUUCUCACUUUGCUCUCGAUAAGGCCAUCGGACCUAUUUUGACUGUAUGUCUUUAUCUUCCUUUGAAAUCGGGCCUGAAUGUGGCUUCAGAACCAAUUUUGGACCCAAAAUCAUCUCUCACGCAUUCCGGCAUCCACAAGAAGCUACUAAUUACCAAGAUCACACUUGAUUUGUCACAGACUUAACAUUUACCCGUCCCCUGAUUCAAACUGCGUAGUUUAUUUGCCCUUCCCAUGAAUUUAGGUGGCAGUUUGAUGCCCAGUUAAACCUAGCUAGCUGUACUUUUGCAGGCUAUUGCAGGGCAAGGUGGCUGUCGGUAUUACACAGUUAAAAGCUGAAGCUCUUGGCAAAUGAACGGGGGCUUUUUUGGCUUUGAUAUGCUUGGCCAAUAUUUACAAGACCGUUUUUUUCAAAGCUCGCCAUUUACUCCAGAAUUUUGCCAGUGGGUGUGCCUAGCCAGGACGCCAACCCUGUUUUUUCGACCAUGUGGAAAAUUCUAGAAUAGCGUAUAGGCACCCUUCUGACCAAAUGUCCUCCAAAAUCAAUAGGAUUUCAGUCGGGAUCUAAAGUGCCCCGGACACACAGACUGACGUCAAAGCGUCAAAAUUGGGUAAAUCGCAGGAUAAUGCGACAAGUGAUCACUGAAAAAGAUUUAAAUGUGAUCAUACCUAUCAGAGUACAUUAAUUCAGUCCAUUUAAACUUUAAAUGCUUCACGGUACUGACGGCACUGGUACUAGCCAGAAACGAAGUCACAUUUUUUGUCGAUUUAUGUCGAUGCAUGAGGCAGUUACGAAGGGUUCGUCCAAUCACCGUGGUAUCCCCCAGAAUGCCCUAUGUGCUUUCUGUUAUAUGCCUUAUUUUUCAAUAUUGAGUUCCUUUUUUUUACUUUCGACAGGAGUAAAUAUACGAAUUUGGUGAAAAUGCCUCCGGAUAAACGCUUUCAUGCUCGACCUGAAAACCGAGAAGAAUAUGUGAGCUGGACUCCAUCAAUGCUGGUGAAGUGGUCUAGAAAUAUUCACAAGAUGUCAACAGGCAUUCAGUAGUAUGCAAAUCCGACAGUUCGACCGUCGUUGCCGACAAUGUACACCGUGUGCUCCACAGUAGGGUGAGAACAAGUACAGUGACCUGCGCGCGCAUUGGUUUAUGGUGGUAGUAGACUUACGCAGGACCUAACGCACUCUGUCCUUCACCUCGGCUCGGUGUCAAAACAUGGUCAAGAAGACUGGGGGCACAGCUGGCUGGCACAGUCGGGUCCGGACCUAGGCAUGCCACCACAUUCCCUGGUCUACAUCAAACACUUGAACAGGAUUUUAGCCAUCACGAAAAUCGGCCAGAUGGAGAAGAAUGACACAAGUCCCGGGAAACAAUUCUCACGACCUGUCGGCGCACAGAAGGCUGCGAGGACCAUGAUUCGCCGAAUCAUGGCAUAACAGACUAAUACAGUCCUUAGGUACCAGAAGGGUGGGACGAAGCCUGCACUUAGCUUGGUUCGGGUGGCCAGUUAGUCGGCAACUAAGAGGCACUACCCAUUAAGUAACACAUGCUUCAGAAGAAGAAGGGGAUGCGAUCGCUGGAACAGGAAGUUUAUCAGUCUAACUUUUCGAAUUAUCAUUGGAUACCAUCAUGAGAGACAGUUGAAGAUAAAGGUAGUGGAGGCACCAAGACUGCAGUAUUAAUAGUACGUAGUUGCCGUGGGGCCACAUGUGUUUUCUUGUAAUUUAGUAACCUUUUCUUUCGUUUCCCUGCAAUACGUCUCAACCGAAGACAAAGUUGUUGAGUUAAAAUAUCUUCGACGGGUACUAAGAACCAAUGGCUACCCGCGCAAUUUUGUCAACCAAUUCGUACGCAAGCAAGACCAGUAACGAAACUCCACCGACCCUUAAUUUUGGUGAGCGUUUCCGUACGUCAGAAACGGCUCGGAAGCCGUCAGUUGCCUUCUCACUCCACUUGAAGUUGGGGUUUCACACAGGUCGAAAGCAACCAUCAGGCACCAAGUCAUGAGGACGAAAGACCCGCCGCCACGUCGGGAAACCUCCGGAAUCGUUUACCGGAUAUGGUACAGUGGCGGACAGAGCAACUAAGUUGGAGAAACCAAGAGAUUACUCCGUAAGCGGAUGGCUGAGCACGCAGCGACGGUAAGGAAGAAAGAUGUUAGCACUCAGGUGGCGGCACAUUCGACGGAACCCGGCCAUAUUUCCAAGUUUCAAGAGGCCGAAAUCCUCGCAAGAGCUGACAACCGCGUGAACAGCGAGCUGCCCGAAUCAUGGUUCUUAGGCCCGCAAUCCAUCAGUAAAUGCAGUGACCUCGCAGUACUAUAUUCGCUGCUGAGACACUCCCUGAACAGACGAAUCAUUCACAUGGAGAGUGUGGCAGUUAACUACUCUGACCCCGAACGACGAACCAUCAUUGCCUCAAUCACGACCCCCAACGACGAUCGUAAGGGCUGUAAAUUAUAGCACCCAUGUGGUCCCACGGCAACUACGUACUAUAAAUACUUCAGUCCUUGUGCCUUCAUCGUCUUUAUCUGCAACUGUCUCUGAUGAUGGUAUGCAGUGAGAAUCCGAAACGUCAGGCCAAUAAACUUCUUUUUCCAGCGACCGCAUCUCCCUUUUCUGAACUGCUUCUUGGAACUUGCCUGUUCGCUCCUUUUGGUAGCACACAAUCCUCACAUACGUGAGGAUGCCCGUGGUCACGUUAAAACGGAGCCGUUGCAGUCUGACUCUCGGACUACCCGUCCGCCACUCCACACAAACACACACCACUGGGCGGACUGCGUGGACUCAGUCUUUCUUGUGUCGUCACAAUCAAACUCCGAUGCCUUUAAUUUGGUUGUUCUACGAACUGACAAGUACAACCUUUCGUUGACACCAAACAGAAUAAGUGCAGUCUUAGUUGGUGUUCUAAUCGGACGUUUAGAGUAAUUUAGUUCUGUGUCGGGAAGAUACGAGCAAUGGUGAUAAUAGUAGGUUGGGGGACUGGGUGAGGUAUCUCAGGAAACAUUAACAAAAAUUCUAAAAAUUGUGCUUUGGCUAAAAAGAAUUACUUAGGCGGGUCUGAAGGAUUAUUCAUCGUGCAGAAUAAUCGCACGAUAUUUCAGUCACGCCAUGCGGUGGACUUUUAAGUGCAUCUCUUUCCAGCCGUCUGCAGACAUCACAUCUCAAAAAAGACCACCUAAUUAGUAUGAUUUUUAAAAUUUACUUUCAGUACUCCUAUAAUUUUAGACAUAUUCUAUGAUAAGCAUGCAUAAAGACAUAAUUCACUGCACUGCGUGAGUAAAAUUACUGUCUUUUAAAUUGUCUGCUGGAAGAAAUGAAGGCCCUGGGUUUCAGGAAUGUUUUUAGCCAUGGAAUUUUAUAAAACCAUAAGAUAUUUGUUCAGAUAGCAUUGCGGCUGUACGUCUAUUGAACUUCCUCAUGAUGUUUAUACCGUGGAAAAUAGCCAUUGCAAAGCUGGGUAAAUCCUAUAGGAAACUUUCUUCAAUAACAUACAAAUGAGUGGUUUUCUUUAACUAGGAAGUUUACGGCCUGUUAUUUUGAAAUCCUAACACAUCUGCAAAGUCGGGUUUGGUUCAAAACUGUUUGGGAUUAGGAAAACCUCUUGAAAAAACUCAAGGUUACCUUUUUGCAGAUUUCGCACAUGAAGAUAACAUAAUUCCUUGCAAAAUGAGCAUAGGAAUGCAUUCCUUUGUUACAUAGAAUAUGCUUUAGUUUGAAAGGCGUUUUAAUAUCAAGGGGAAAAUUCCAUAUUGCAUAAGCAGUCACUUUUUCACUUUGCUUGAUUUUCGCGGACACCCAGAUGCCAGGACGCCCAAUCAAAAUUCAACAGUUUGGUAUUAUGUUGCUAAAUCAUCAACUGUGCAACACCCACUAAAGUAAUCCCUUCAUGCCGAAACAACAUUCCGGAAUUUCAACCAGUCUUCUAUGAGAUACGUCACAUACUUCUCCUGCUUAACCUCACCUGUAUCCUCCGCACGCUGAAUUAAAUAUCUUCUUCAGUCCCCAGUUUGAUUCAUAUGAGGACGACUGUGUAUGGUUUACUGUCUUCACAAAAACCGCAGCGGAAAUCACUUCUUCAUAUUAAUAAAAAGUGAGCAGUAGUUGUGCGACACGAAGAUUAAUUUUAUGAAUGUACCGUCUGGUCGGCAGCAUGUUUUCUGUGCAAACACCUUUCUCAAGAGGUAAAUGCGACCCCUGAGUAUGAAGGGCAGACUGAUUAUUUUAGCGCGUAUUUAUGAAGAUAAUGUUUUGCUGCCGAAGGGCUUCUUUUUCUGGAGAUUCGUUAAAAAGUUCGGGAGAUCAGAAUAGCCUAUUUCAGUCUGAUUUGAUGCCUCCGACCGGCCGUACCUCUAUUCCGAGCGAAAGCGAACAAGAGGUUUAAUUUAUAGUGGUAUUUUUUUAAAUGCAAAUUGAAAACAGUCGCGGAACAUCAAACUGUCCUAUAUUAUCCACGCAUGGAACUGGGCUACAGCUUCCUAACAAAGGCAACUAUAUCCAUACGGUUAUUCCCGCCUUCACCCAUAGCCCAACCAACCAGUACAAGCUACCCGUUCGGCGACCCCCUGUGACACAGUAGGCCAAAGACUUGCAGCAAAGCGCGAGACUGAAAUGUUGCCGAAUGUUAUUACAGACUGCUGAUUGGGAUCGAGAGAGAGCUUGUACAACCCAACGGAAUGAGUGAGUUCCGUAGAAAUGAUCGGUGAGCGUCCAUCUACCAUUGAAAUUUUACUCUGUGGUCAAGCCGAGUUAACAGGAUUCGUCCCCGUCGCCACUCAGAGAUGGUCAUCCGGCCAAUGAAGCCCACUAUAUUAUGUCCUUCACAAGAUGGGAUUCUAGUUCAAGCCCUUGCAAAAGCUUCCUACCACUCUCAUCUGACAUCUAUGGAGAUCGACUGGGGAAGGCCGUGGACACUAAAGGACCAGGCAUACUAGUGUAGAUCAGUUCACGCGUAGUAAGCGGCCCUGAGGAAAUUAGGAGACGGUGAGUCUGAAGGAGCCGACUGAUUCUAUGGCAUAAUUUUAGCCUCCACGAGACGACAGUGAGCAUAGAUGGCACAUUCGUUGUGGUUUCGCUGUGUUUGCGUGUGUCUCCUCCUCCGCUCCCUCCUCCUCCUCCUCCUUUGCUGCAACGACGGCCGCUCAGGCGACCAUCUCGCCCAUCACCAACCCUGGUACAACCUCCGACACCACCCCCACUACCUUCGACUCCAGUGAUGAGGAUCAGGACUAUACCUGCCUUCACUGCGACCGCACCUUCACCUCGCACAUCGGCCUGGUCGGUCACUUGCGAAUCAAUCGCACAGAGGCUGGCGAACCAGUGCCUGGAGCACCAACCUACACACAUUGCACUCGCCUCCACUGCCCACACUGUCCUCUCACCUUCACGCAUCUCAUGGAUCUCUUCGGCCACAUGCGCAUCCACGACGACCUGCGGUAG